AUGGCUGCAGCUCUCCGGAUACCCAACGGCCUCACUGGCCUAGGCAAUGACAGAGGCAUGACUCUGACUGUCCUUGGAUGCGGCACACUCGGCAUCGCGAUCCUUUCAGGCAUUCUCUCAUCCCUGCAUGAAGCGUCCUCCAUCCCCUCCCCGGCAUACCCCGACUCCGGCACCGCGACACCCACGACCGAAGGCCCCCCACAAAGAACACCCACAAAUUUCAUUGCGUGCGUGCGACGGCCCGAAUCAGCCAAACGCAUCAGACUCGCCGUACAGGAAUACCAACCACGGAGCGUGACCGUGCUUCAGAAUGAAAACGUGCGGGGCGUCGAGGCCGCCGACGUGAUCAUCCUCGGCUGCAAGCCGUACAUGGUCGCGGACAUCUUGCUGCAGGAAGGCAUGAAGGAAGCCCUCGCGGGGAAACUCCUCAUCUCCAUCUGCGCCGGCGUCCCCGUCGAGCAGAUGGGCCGCGUGCUCUACGGAGACAACUACCCGGCCGACAACCCGGCGAACGCGUGCACGCUCGUCCGCGUCAUGCCCAACACGGCGGCGCUGGUGCGUGAGUCCAUGACCGUCAUAGCGACAAACAAUCCCCCUCUGCCCGCCGAACUCUCCGCCCUCGUCGCCUGGAUCUUCACCCGCAUCGGCCGCGUCGUCCACCUCCCACCCGCCAUGAUGGAUGUAUCCACGGCCCUGUGCGGUUCCGGCCCCGCGUUUCUGGCGCUGAUGUUGGAGUCUCUCGCGGAUGGUGCUGUCGCCAUGGGCCUGCCUCGCGCAGAGGCACAGUUGAUGGCCGCUCAGACGAUGCGCGGCACUGCUGGUUUGGUUCAGCAUGGCGAGCAUCCUGCACUCGUGCGCGAGAAGGUCAGCACCCCUGGCGGUUGCACUAUUGGUGGGUUGCUGGUUCUCGAGGAAGGGAGAGUCAGAGGAACGGUGGCCAGGAGCGUCAGGGAGGCUACGGUGGUGGCUGCGCAGUUGGGUAAGGGUAUCAGUGGUGUUAAUGGCACGAGAUUUGAGAGGCAGUGA